CUCGGAAUCACCAACAUUGAUACCGCCAUAUACAUGCGCUACUUCGACGCUCCUAUCAACGAAAUCCUGGACAGUGAUGAAAGAGGAUAGUAUCGGAAAGCGAGAGCCGGCUCUCCCGGCAUGUGCUGCUGUCGCGUUCUGAGAAGCGUUUUUCGAUGCAGCAUAUAACGUCGAGCGACCCAAUGGUCGAGCCCGGGUUCGACCCGCACUACUUUGAGCACGAAGUAGACCUCGACGUGCUUGUGGAGACCGCCAAGUUCUCACGCAGCAUCGUGCAGCACGCGCCGCUGAGGGACAUGAUCGCGAGGGAGGUCGUGCCGGGGCCGGACGUACAAACCGACGAGCAGCUGAAGUCGUUCGUGAAAAAUACGUACUCGACGACAUGGCACACGUGUGGCACCUGCUCGAUGAUGCCGCGCGAUAAGGGCGGCGUAGUCGGCCAUGACCUCAAAGUGUACGGAACGAACAACCUCAGGGUCGUCGACUUGUCGGUUGCCCCGCUGCACAUUGCUGCACAUGUACAGGGUGGGUGGGGUGAGCUAUCUCCGCGAGCCUGUACUGACUAGUGUGCCACGCAGCUACUGUGUGUGCAAUAGCUGAGCAAGGUAAGUUGUUGUUGUGGUGGUGAUGUGGCACUCGGCUGCUGACUGUGCUUUGCAGCGGCGGACAUUAUCAAGGGCACAUUCCAGCCUUAGAUACUUGACGAUGUAUGAGGGACUGUUCCUUAACGCAUAGCAUGCCGUCAAUUCCUUUCUCCGUUUUCUGCCCACUCGCACACCCGAAGGAGAUCGACAUGGAGAGUACUUGGUACCACUAGUUUUCGCAGGUGUGCCACAUGCAGCAAGGUAAUUGAAGCGACACUGCUGCACAAGUCUGUAUUUACUACCUUACUGUGAGAUCAAGGGACGAAUUACCAUCCACCUGCAGUCUCAGAGAGCUGUGCGUGUAUAGCUGUUUACUGGACAAAUACUCAAUCGGC